AUGGUGAAAUCGUAUCUGCGCUACGCGCUGCAAGACAGCUUCGGCACGGAUUUCGUCCUAACGGGGCACGACGAGCGCGUGAGCGUCUGGAACUGCCGCACCGGCGAGGCUCGCGUCAACUUCGAGGCGAAGCCGGACGACCUGCACGCGCCUUCCGACGUGACCGCGUUCGUAUGCUCCGAUGGCGUCGAGCGCUGGCUGUACGUGGGCUACGCAGACGGCUCCAUCCGGCGCUUCCAGCGCCCGGAGUCGCUGGCCGGAGAGGCGGUCUCGGUGGUCAAUGAGGACUUCCACGUGCAGGGCCACAAGAACGCGGUGACCUGCCUCGCGCUGAGUCCAUUCCGGCAGCUGCUGGCCUCCGGAUCGCAGGACUGCAGCAUCAUCAUCUGGGAUACCACCGGAGACCUGGGUCUGUUCAGGCUCGAGGGACAUCGCAACGAGAUCACCGACCUGCGUUUCGUCAGCCACGCCGGCGGCUCCGAGAGCCAGCUGAAAUCGCGCAGGCUCGGCGCGGAGCGCGCCUCCGUCAAACAGGGCGACGACAUCCUGGGGUUCCUCUUGAGCGUGUCGAAGGACUGCAUCGUGCGCGUCUGGGACCUGACAUCGCAACUCUGCAUCCAGACCGUUAUCCACUCCACCGCGGAGCUGUACAGCAUCGCUGUCAAUUCCAAUGAGUCACGGUUCUACGUGGGAGGGUCUGAGAACCGCAUCCGCUGCUACAAGUUGGACGUCUCGGGCAGUGAGAAGGAGGAAAACUCCGCCUACGACAUCCCGGUGUACGCCAAGGAGCUGCCCUCGCUGAACCGCCCGGAGAACCACGGACGAUGCCGCAGGUUGUGCAUCAUGUACCCCGGCGCGAAGGACGCCGCCGCGACCUACUCGGGCCGCAAAGGGUCGCGUGCGUCAGGCAAGGAGAGCGCCAAGGUGCUGGAGAUAGACCAGAAGGGGCUGAUGCUGUGCGUGACCACGACAUUCGUGGUCUUCUACCGCCUCUACGACUCUGCGGAGGCCGCGAAACGCCGCAAGCGCCGGCAGAAGCGCCACCUCGAGAAGCAGCGCGCGCGUUGCAACAAGCUCCGCGAGGCUCUGAGGGCCACGGGCCGCGAGGUCACGGUGAAGUUCGACUCGUUGGAAGCUACCAUAUCGCAUCUUGAGAAGCUGUUGAGUGGGACCAACCCGGUGGAGCCGGCUGACCCCUCCGCUUCGAACGCGGCCAGCAGCAAUACUGAGUUCGCCGCCACCGACGAGCUGAAUUACAUGUUCGCCGUCAACGCGUUUGAGCGCAUCGCGUCAUUCGCGUUGUUCUCCAGCGGCUUCGUCAUCGGCUACGCCAACAACCGCGUUAGCGUCUGGCGCGUGCAGCUGCAGAAGCUGCUCUCGCCGAAGACCGCAGAUGACGACUCAGACAUGGAGGACAUGGUCUCCCUGUGUGAGCGGGUGCACCUGCUCGAUGCGGUCGGCCACCCGAGUCCCAUCAUGGGGUUGGGCGUGUCUCCCAGCGACACCAUGCUGCUCUCGUUCUCGGCAGAGUCGCUGAAGGUGUGGAACUCCCACACGUUGCACGCCAUCCGCACCUUCGACUGCAAGGCCGUCGCCUGCGCCUACUUCGUGGCGGGGAACCGCCACAUACUGGCGGGCACGAGCACGGGUGAGCUCCGGGUGCUGUACCUCGACACCUGCGACGUGCACGAGGUCUACAAGCUCGCCGCCGACACCAGUAAACGCUCCUCGGAUCUGGACGUCAUAUCCAUCUGCGAGCACCCUGAUCACGCCUCGUUUGCGGCGGCCUUCCGCGACCGCUGCGUCAGGGUCUUCCAGUACAUGCUGAAGAAGAAGGGCUCCCAGGAGGUGCUUUGUGUGAAGGAGGUGUCCUCGACGUCGCUGGCUGACGACCCCACCGAGGUGCGCUACUCCAGCGAUGGCCGUCUGUUGGCCGUUGCGCUCCACGACAGCACCGUCCAGACCUUCUACACCGAUACCAUGAAGCCCUUCCUUUCGCUCUACGGCCACAAGCUGCCCGUCACCUCCAUCGACAUAUCUUCGGAUGGCACGCUGCUGGCGUCCAGUUCACUCGACAAGACCAUAAAGAUCUGGGGGUUGGACUUCGGCAACAUUCGCCGUUCCCUGCUGGGCCACUCGAGCGCCGUGGUGAAGUGCCGUUGGAUCAACAACACCCACUACCUCGUCACCACGAGCCUGGAUUCGUCCAUAAAGCUGUGGGACUGCGACACCUACGAGUUGAUCUGCCAGCUCCGCGGACACAGCACGGCGGUGCGUUCCUUGGCCGUGAGCAGUGACGCUCACUUCUUCAUCUCCGCAUCGGAUGACAGCACCAUUCGUUUCUGGCGCCGUACCGACGAGCAAAUCUUCCUCUCCGAGGAGCGGGAGAAGGAGCUGGAGCUGCAACUGGAGCACGAGGUGGUUCGUGACGACCUCAACCAGGCCAUUCCAGUCGACCGCGACGCGCUGCUAAACAAGGCAACGCGCAAGACGGUGCAGUCAGUGAAGGCAACUGAAGAUCUGAUGCGAGUCAUCGACGAGGCGGAGGAGUACCGUCAGGCGCUGGAAGACCACAAGCAGCAGGUCCGGGACUACGAAGAGAUGACCUCGGGGACCGGAGCGCUGUCCAAGUACGGCACGCCUGAUACGGCACCACCCAAGGAACCCGAUCCACCGCUGGAACUGUUCAAUCGCACCCCUACUGAGCACGUGAUGAUGGCGGUCUGCAGCCUGACGCACAGCGUGGUUCACGAGGUGCUCAUCGCCCUGCCGUUCAUCUAUGCGGAGAAGCUCCUCAACUACAUCGUGUCGAGUUUGGAGUCGUACAGCUACCUCUGCGGCAGCGGUACCGUGAACCUCCACACCAUGGAGAUGGCCUCGAAGACGGCGCUGCUGCUGGUCCAGAUUUACUUCCGCCAGUUCUUCGCGCUCAGCCACCAGCGACCGUUGAUUGCGCGAUUGGAAAGGCUGCUGCCACAAGCGCUUCAGCAUGAGCUGGACCGUAUUCGGAGGAACAAAGCGGCGCUCGAGCACCUCAAAGGGCUGCUUGACGCCGAUGUGCUGAGCAAGCGGCUACGCGAUCCAUAG